AGUGCUUCAUCAGGACUUGGUGGAUUCCAGUCUGGUUCAAGUGGUUCUGGAGUACAGUCUGGCUCAUCAGCUAGUGCUGGAAUCCAAGGAGUUUCAGGAGGUGCAAGCAGAUUCCAGUCUGGAACAGCAACUGGCAAUGGAAUUCAAGCUGGUUUAAUAAGUGGAAACAGAUUCUCAACUGGUUCAUCACGUGCUACUGGUUUCCAGUCUGGUUCAGGAAGUAGUAGUGGAUCUGGUGCUUCACUGGGACUAAGUGGAUUUCAGUCUGGCUCAAGAGGUACUGGAUUCCAGUCUGGUUCAAGAGGUAUAGGAUCCCAGUCUUUAUCAUCAACUGGCACAGGAUCUCAGUCUGGUUCACCAACCGGCAGUGGAAUCCAAGGUGUUUCAGCAGGUGCAAGCAGAUUCCAGUCUGGAGCAGCAUCUGGCAGUGGAAUUCAGGCUGGCUUGACAGGUGGAAGCAGAUUCUCAACAGGUUCAGGGCGUGGUAGUGGACAGUCAUCUGGAUCAGUAAGCAGCAUUGGAAUCUCAAGUGAUUCAGCAAGAGGCAGUGGAUUUGGGGCUAAUUCAGUGGGCAGUGGAUUCACUGGUACCCAGUCUGGUUCAUCACGUCCCACAGGCUUCCAGUCUGGCUCAGGAAGUGGCCGGGGAUCUAGUACUUUGUCAGGACUUGGUGGAUUCCAAUCUGGUUCAAACGGUGGUGGAUCACAGUUUGGUUCAGGAAGAAUCCAAGGUGGUUAGCAGGUGCAAGCAGGUUCCAGUCUGGAGCAGCAACUGGCAGUGGAAUUCAAGCUGGUUUGACAAGUGGAAGCAGAUUCUCAACUGGUUCAGUACGUGGUAGUGGACAGUCAUCUGGAUUAUCAGGCAGUAUUGGAUUUUCAAGUGGUGCAGCAAGAGGCAGUGGAUCUGGGGGUAGUUCAG